AUGUCCCCUGCCUUCUCCCGGAAGCGUGAUGCUCUGACGUCACGCUGGCGUCUGGGGACCUUUGUGAGGCUAGGACCCUCUGCCUCUGACACCUUACUCUUCGCCACCCCCGGCCCCAGCUGCCAACUCGGCCCUUCCUUUCCCUCCAUCUCCCCUCAGCCCAGGCUCGGAACUGGGAAGCUGGGCAUCUUACUUUGCUACUGGUUUCCCUUAGGCCCAAGGUCUUUGGGACUCAGAGGCAAACAUGUGUCCGUUCGGUCAUGUCUCCCACCCACACGCCAUCCCCUCCGAGAGCGCCGCUCCGGAACAGGCGCGCACGUACAAGAGAAGGCAAAUCUGGAGGCGCGGAAACCCUGGGCGGCAGCUCCCACUUGCCCUGCUGAAGCCAGACUAGAAGCUGCAGAUGAGGUACCGGGCCCACGCGCAUGCUGGGGAAGGCCCAACACAAAGCAGCAGCAGCAAGCAAGGAGCAGAGUCUUGCAGUGGGAGAGAAGGAAGCAGGACACCUGGGUGCUAAGCCCAGCUCUGCAACGCCGAGCACUCACAGCCCCAUGUGCAAGGGGAUGGACUGAAGCAGGGCGGUGGGGCCAGUGGCUGAUCAUUAGACUCCCUCGUAGAAUAGCGACAACAAAAAGGUUCCUGGGCUAUCUAUCCACCUCAGACCUACUGAGUCAGAAUCUCCAGGGCUGGUGCCCAGGGAAUCUGUAUAUUUCAAAGCUUUCCGGAAGAUUCUUGAGGUCUGUCGGGACCAAGAAUCACUGGACACCAUAGAUAAAACCCAGGCCCCUUAAGCUUCAAUAAUCACCCUCUACUGCUUGUACACUUUAGUUAUUGCCAUUGGUAUAAGAGUCCGAAUGCCCCAUCAUAAGGAAAGAGCCCACGCCCCCUUAAAGCUGCGCUGAGAGGCUUCUCAGAAACUUGGGGACUUCUUUAGAGCUCACAUGGUCUGUAGAGCUAUUCUGUCGGCAUUCUGAGCUGGCCAACUUCAAGAAACCGCCCCACGCAUUGUAAGAUACGUAGCACACCUGGCUUUUAUUUGCUAAAUGCAGUAAAAUCUUGGUUUGCGAGCAUAA